GACGCUGUGAGACAAACCGACCGAAAAAAUUGGCUUCCGGGUCGCUACCGUGUUUUGAAAAGCACAUCAAUGUUCUCCUUCGGGUGAUGGGGCCAGACAGCGUCCAGAGUCCGGCCGCGCCCUGGCGGAAGGUGCUGUGGCAGCGCCAGCCCUACCCGGACAACUACGUGGAUCGGAGGUUCCUGGAGGAGUUGCGCAGGAACGAGGGCAUCCGUCACUACCGAUACUGGGCCGUGGUGAGAGAGGCCGGCCUGGUGGCGCAGCAGCUGUCCUGCGUGGCCGUUUUCAUCACCCUCUGGCUCUACAUGGAACAGGGCCUACUGUCCCCAGAGAUUCUACUCGGAUCCAGCCUGGCAAGCGCCCUGCUGGGCUACGGACUGUACCAAGUCCUCACACCUCCGAUGGAGUGCAACGCCCGUACUCGUCUCACCGACCUACAGAGCGCCAUUUACUUCCUCUCCUUCACCUUUGGCUUCUCGCCGGUGCUAAAGACGCUAACCGAGUCAGUGAGUACAGACACAGUGUACGCCAUGUCGGCGGUCAUGCUGCUGGCCCACCUGGUGUCGUUCCCUUACGCCCAUCCCUCGCCGCCCGGCAGCCUGUCCUUGAACGCGGCACUUUUUGCCUCCGUCUGCCUGGCCUCCAGACUCCCGGGCGCCCUCCACACCUUCGCCAUGCUCAGCUGUGCCCUGCUGGUGUUCGCCCUGUGGCCGUGCCUGCUGCAGAGGAUAAGGGACAACGCUCCGAGCCACUUCACCGCAGUCUGCGCCGGGGUGAGCGUGGUGGGCACAGGCGGCCUGGUGUCGCAGUCGCCCGGCGGGGCCCUGCUUUUGGCUCUGGCGGUCCUGAGCGUGACGCUGCUUUGCCCCGCGCUGCUUGUGUGGCUGCAGAGGCACAAGGACAACAUCCAGGGGCCCUGGGACGAAGCGGAGAUCCGCGAGGACCUCAGCCACUUCCUCCGUUAAAGACCUGAGCACAUACAGCAGAAACACUGGACACUUCAUUAGGUACACCGACACUAUCGAAUGAGAGUUAACACAUGGCUUGAAGAUUGUGCAGGGGAAGUUACAUUUACUGUCAAUCCAUUGUACACCUCUUAGAUCAGGUGUACUCUUGAACAACUUAUCUGCGGGUAAAAACAUUUUUUUUUGUUGAAAAUGCUAUUUUAAUAUUUUAAAUGCUGACCUCAAUAGUUUAUGAAUCACGGGACACUUCAUUAGGUACACCGGCACUAUCGCAUGAGAGUUAAUACGUGGCUCGAAGAUUGUGCAGGUGAAGCAGUGUAUUGUUACAUUUACUGUCAAUCCGCCGUACACCUUUUAGAUCAGGUCUACUCUUGGACAGCUUAUCUGCGGGUAUAAGCUGUUUUUUAGUUGAAAUUGCCAUUUUAAUAUGUUAAGUGCUGACCUCAAUAGUUUAUGAAAUGUGUUAUUGAGACAUGAUGCUAUUUUGCACACAUUUUUAACCGUCAUUUGAUACCGAGGAUUUGCAAUGUUGAAUAUCAUAGUAUUGUUUACAAUACUGAAGUAUGAGGGGAAAAAACUGUCACCUGAAGCCUUUUAUUACAAUUCAUGGGUUGUCAAGUAAAAAAAAAACAUGUCUAUAAGAAAAUACUGGGAUUAUUUUAAUUUGGUCUGGGUUUUUUUUUUUUCACACCUGAAAAAUCAUGUUUCAUGACAUCAGUGAGUUUCCAAUGUUGAAUAACUGUUACCAAUUGUGAAGCGAAUUGUAUUUAUAUAGCGCUUUUUCUCUCGUGACUCAAAGCGCUUUACAUAGUGAAACCCAAGAUCUAAUUUUUACAUUUAAAUAAGUGUGGGUGGCACCAGGAGCAGGUGGGUAAAGUGUCUUGCCCAAGGACACAACGGCAGUGACAAGGAUGGCAGAAGCGGGGAUUGAACCUGCGACCCUCAAGUUGCUGGCACGGCCGCUCUACCGAAUGAGCUAUACCGCUAUAAUUCUAAUUUGGUGUAUUCAGGGUGGAAGAACAAGCACAACCAGGAGGCUUUAUAAUGUAGUUCAUGUAAAAGACAAGGACAUUAAGCACAUGUCAAGUUUUUAUGAUGUUUCAAAAUAACAUACUUCCCUCGGUAAAUAAAUAUAUAAAGGACUAGUUCCGGUAUGAAUUAAUUACUGAUUGGGAGAAAGGAAGUACAAUUAUAACAGUAGUUUUCCCAUCUCGGUUGUGGAGUAACGUUCCCAUUUUGCCACUAUUUGAUGUUUAGUGAUUUAACCUCUAGAGGGCAGCACACUACAACUACAGCAUAUAAAUGUAAUGUACCACCACUGAAAGUUAUUUUCCCAUUGACUCUUAUUACAUGCUGGUUUCAUAGACACUCACCGGCCACGACAUUAGGUACAGCUUCAUGAAAGCUACCAGGGGUGCACAAAAAAAAUAUUAAAAUUUUAAAUCGAUAUGUAAUUUUAAAAAUAUCGAUUAAAAAAAGUAUUUUUUCAGUAAGAAUCCAUUUAAAAAAAAAAGAUUUAAGUCCAUCUCUGUGCAACCAGGAGCUCUUCUAACCUGUAACCUGCUUUGAAAAGUCUUCAUUAUAGUUAUACCAAAUAAUACGUUGCAAGAAUCGUGUUGAAUCGAGAAACGAUCCUGAAUCGAACAGUCGAUCCAGGAUUUGGGAUCGCAUCCGAUCGUUAGGUGCCCAAAGAUUGUAUUAUUUAUCAUAGUGCAAUCAUGUGCGCAAUAUGUAUUUUUAUUUUUGUAGUUUUGUUUGCAUUUUAAUUUAGUUGCUUCUGGUGAAAAUGACGCCUACUGAAAUGGUGAGUCGCCAAUGUAUCGAAGUCACGCCAACCACGCCGCACAAAAAAUAAAAAAGCCUCCUUCCUGCACUUUGCCGGCCGUCUCUGCAUUCUGGGGUCCAGAACAACACUGACAAGACCACCCUAUUGUUUUUUUGUUUUGUUUUUUUGAUUGAUUGAUUGAAACUUAUAUCAGUAGAUCGCACAGUACAGUACAUAUUCCGUACAAUUGACCACUAAAUGGUAACACCCGAAUAAGUUUUUCAACUUGUUAAAGUCGGGGUCCACGUAAAUCAAUUCAUGGUGGUUGUAGUCUGCUGUUGUGUACAAUUGUUACACACAGCUGUGGCAAAAUGUUCCGUACAACCUUUUCAGUAUCACCGCAGCCUACAGACACGCUUGGUUUCAGACAACCACAAUGUAUGCCACCAGGCAUCUUAUACGUUAAAAGUGUAACUAAUGACGUGGCCAGUCAGUGCUUGUUUUGCCAGUUGCAGAGAGCUCCGAAUUCACCACAGGUUCUCCGAAUUAAAGACAAUUGAUAUUCAAAAAUAAAACACCUCUUUAUUAAAAAAAAAAAAAAAAAGGUUUUAAAAAUAGUGUUUGGCAGAAUAGCUGUUGUUUCUAUUUACACAGGCACUUGAGGAAAGUCAGCAGACAGCAGAGGACAUUCCUGCGACUGCGGCCAACGCAACUAUGAACAAAACAGGCUCACGAAUGGUGGCGGACGCUCCCAUCGGAGGUCUAGGCGGGGGAGGAGCGGACCGUGUCCUCCUACUUGGUGCUCGUUGGGAUGGCUGGAGCAGGCCUCCUGGGGGGAAAUGAUCAGUGAUUAAAAUCUAACCACCAUGUUGUGUUCCCAAAAGCACCUUGUGAUUAACACACCGGGAAAGGAAAUUAAAGCUUGUGGAAAGAUGCUCAAAAUAUAGAUGCAACAUUCGGCUAACUUGCAUAACGACGAGCUGAAUAAUGCUUAGUAAAAAAAAAAAAUUGGCCCUAGUGUGUGAAUGUGAGUGUGAAUGUUGUCUGUCUAUCUGUGUUGGCCCUGCGAUGAGGUGGCGACUUGUCCAGGGUGUACCCCGCCUUCCGCCCGAUUGUAGCUGAGAUAGGCGCCAGCGCCCCCCGCGACCCCGAAAGGGAAUAAGCGGUAGGAAAUGGAUGUUGUUUUUCUUCAGUGCAUAAUAUGUAAGCCUGAACCUAUUUUUUCAUGCUAAGGUCAUCAUGUAAAGUCGUCCCUCGCCCCGUUGCGCUUCACAUUUUGCAGCUUCACUGCAUUGUGGAUUUUUCAAUAAAACCAUUUUUGGCCUAAAUUAUGAAUUUUUAAGCAUACACACGGCCAAACGAAGCAAACAUAUCAAUACCGCUUGAUGAGACCAAACCAAUCAGAGCGGGCUGUUCAGUAUCUUAUUAUAAUCAGAAGACAGCAGUCAUUUCAUUGAGAUUAUUAUGUUACUUAGAAUGAAAAUAACAAAAAUAUUGUUUCUCAUGAGCUAUGUACUAGAAUUGUACAUCUGGGUGGGGUCCAGCUUUGGAAAUAUUUUGUACCCCUUUCAGAGAUCAUUAUUUCCACUUAAAACAUUCGCAUGUUGCACAAUGAGAUGUAAACAGGGGCUCAAGUGCACAUUCCUGUAACUUUGUCUGUAAAAUAUAUCUUUAUUAGCCUUUCUGUAAUCUUUCAACUGUUUUCAUGAUUGAUAUACAUAAAUUAACAUUCUUAAUAAAUGACAGUAUAAUAAGCACACAUUCAUAGUACAACCUGGCAUUCAUAGUUUAAUUGCUCUUUUUAUCUUUGGUAUGAACAUUAUUAUGUAAACUCAAAGUUAUUAUUAUUAUUAUUUUUUGGUUCUUUGUUGUUGCUAUUUUUGUAUUACAACAUUUUAUUAUUUGAUCAUGUUGUACUUGCAUUGUAAUCUUUUGUUUUGUGAUUGUGUGAUGUUUUUGCCUGGACCCCAGGAAAAAUAGUCUCCACUGCAGUGUAGACUAGUGGGGAUCCUUAAUAAACUAAUCUAUGUGUGGUUCUGGA